CCUGGCUCAGAGCUGCAGUGCGCGCGCCGCUGUCUGUGUGGAUGACGCGUCUGGAUAUGACCGCGCGCUGGAUGACGGCUUUUACGCACGGGUUCGGCUCGCGCUCGUAGGGGAGGUUCGGUGUCUCCGUGGAGACCGGAUCGUGUUCUCAUGGUGGCUCGGUCUCCGGAGGAGUUCUCGGCGGUCCAUUGAAUGUCACCCCCACUCGCAAUGGAUUACACGGGGAGCAUGGCGCCGCCGGUCCCGCCGCACAAACCCAAACCCGCCCGGCCGGGACAGGGCCAGGAGCGGCUGCUGAAGUGCGUCCUGCUGGGGGAUGGAGCGGUGGGGAAAACCAGCUUGGUUGUGAGCUACACAACAAACGGAUAUCCAACCAAAUACAUCCCGACUGCCUUUGACGACUUUUCCGCUGUGGUUCAGGUGGACGGGAGCCCAGUGAGGCUACAGCUGUGUGACACUGCAGGACAGGACGAGUUCGACAAACUCCGCCACUUCUGCUACAGCCGCACCGACGCCCUGCUGCUCUGCUUCAGCGUGGUCAGCCCCGCCUCCUUUCAAAACGUUUGGGAGAAGUGGGUCCCCGAAAUCCGCCGCCGCUGCCCGCUCACACCCAUGCUCCUGGUAGGGACGCAGUGCGACCUUCGGCAGGACGUCAAGGUGCUCAUCGAGCUCUCCAGGCGGCGGGAGAGGCCCGUGGCGGAGGAGGACGCCCGGGCGCUCGCGGAAAAAAUCGGCGCCGUCAUGUACGUGGAGUGCUCGGCGCUCACGCAAAAGAACCUGAAGGAGGUGUUUGACGCCGCCAUCUCCGUGGGGCUACGGCACUCUGACCACAGAGCGCGGCGGGAGAGAAAGGUCCGCAGCACCGCCGAUAAGAUGAAGAUGCUGUCCAAAUCCUGGUGGAAGAAGUACGUGUGCGUCCAGUAGGGAGAGCGGAACGUCCUGGGACUGAUGGACAGAGCUUGGAUGUAAGGACUUCGGAAAUGGACCCAAGAUGAACUUUAGGGUCAGCUGGGAAGUGCGGUGCUUCCAUGUGGAGUUUGUGGUUUGGCACAGUUUCCGUUUGACCAGAGACGGCCGCAUGUUGACACUAAAAAGAGUAAAUAGGUUUCAACCACUGGCUGCUUCUAAAUGUAACUCUAUUGAACAUUCAGCUAAAACAAACCAGUAAAACAAUAGUGCUUUAAAAAAUUAUCAAAUUUGGUUUUAAUACAUGAAACAUGUAUUAUUCAUGUCUGGAGAUCUUUACCACCAAAUCAGAUGCUAUUAUUCUUUACCAUUGCUACAUAAACCAAAUUUUUCUUACUGGGAGAAACAGUCAGAUUUAUAGAAACUACUACUUUGGGGCAAAAUCAAAUGUAUAUGAUUAUAAUUUUCCAAAAUGUGGUGAUGUUUCGAGGAUUUUUUGCUAUCAGCUAGUGUCAAUAUAAGCAUCAAAUUUUGCUUUUAGACGGAGUUCUUUCUGAUGUGGAUUAUCCAGCUACUUUGUUCUGGUUUUCUAACACAUCUGCUGUAGGUUUACCUCGACUGGAGGCCUCAUCCGACCACUUACAGCCAGCUAGUUUUUUUAUACAUUUAUUUAUUACUGUUACAGCAAAGCAUACAGUAGGUGGUGCCACUGUAAAUUGCACUUACAAUGCACAGUUCAAAUACGUGACUGAGGUGUGGCCGUUCGGUGACCUUUGGGGCCGGUUCAGGACUCUCCAUUUCAAACUGGAUGCCAAACCACACAGAAGAUGUUUUUUGACACUAACUGCACCACAGAAACGACUCAUUCUCAUAGAGGGCCUUAAGUGGAUUUUGAUCAGUCAAAGUAUGAUCCGAUUGUGUGUAAAGACACUGAUUGCUUGUAUGCUUCUUAUUUUUCAGAAGCUUUUUUCCCCUCUCUCGAUCUUUUAUCUGCUACUCGAGGCCAACACCUAUCUGAACACAACAGAGUUGGAAUAAUCACGUCCUUAUAUACGUUACAUAGUAAUCGCGUAAGAUGUCUGUAAUGUCAUGGGGAUAAAUCUGUUUGCAAAUUGAAAUGACCCAGUCAUUCUCUGUGCUUUACAACUCUAAAUGGUACUUAAUUGUGUGUUUGAGUGUCCGAUUGUCUGGAGAGGAAUGUGUUGAGCUUGAAUGAGCAGAACAAAAUAAAAUGUGAAAUAUUUAACA